AUGUUUGCUCGUAUCUCAUCUUUCGCUGUUCUGAUCACUCUUGCGACGGCCACCGUCCUUCCUCGUGGCGGUAGCAACGGUGCCUCUUGCGAUGCUAACACUGGUACUGUGCAGUGUUGUGAAUCUACUGAGAGCGUGAGCUUUCCCGGCCUCGCGACCCUCUUAGGCCUCCUCGGAGUCGUCGUCGGCGACCUCACUGCCAAUGUCGGUGUAACUUGCAGCCCCAUCUCCGUUAUUGGCGUUGGUGGAACCCAGUGCAACAGCCAAGCGGUCUGCUGUGAAGAUAAUAACUUUAAUGGCGUUGUUGCUCUCGGCUGCACCCCCAUCAACAUCGGCGUCUGA